GCUGUAGUGAAAACACUUCCCCAAGGAGCUUUAGCCACGAGAAGCAGAAACAGCCUUUCCCACGGGCCCCACUUCAGAAGCCAACAGCCAUCAGAGAGCAGACCGGCAGUCAGUCUUGGGGACCACAGGAGGCACGUGUGCCCCUCGAGAUGCCCACCCCCACCCAUCUGGGCCACUCACCCCCCUGCUCCCGACUGCUGGCGCUGCUCCUUGUCCUCUCAGGAUCCUCUGAGCAGAGCAACAGGCAUGAGUGGCAGGUGCAGCAGCCCAAGGGCCCCGUGCUGGUGGCAGAAGGUGAGAUGCUCCUACUGAGGUGUACGUUAGUCGGCUCCUGCCUUGAUGACAUGAUAAAACGGGUCAAGGUGAGCAAUCAGGACCAGCAGGAAAUUUAUAACUUCAAACACAGCAUCUUCCCCGGGGUGAUGCCCCUGAUCCAGAGGACGUUGGAGCCACUUAAUUGUGACUAUUCCGUCUAUAUCCACAUUGUCACCAGGGAGCACGCUGGAACCUACCACUGUGUGAGGUUUGACGGCUUGAGUGAGCGCUCAGAAAAGAAGCUGGAUGAGGGCACCUCAGUGCUUAUGAAGGGAGCUGGGGACUCAGAGCCAGACCUCUGGAUCAUCCAGGCCCAGGAGCUGGUGCUGACGACCACCGGAGACACUGUCUUCCUGAACUGCACAGUGCUUGGAGAUGGUCCCCCCGGACCCAUCAGGUGGUUUUGGGGGGCUGGUCUGAGCUGGGAGGCCAUUUACAACUUUGAAGGCAUCUCCCACCCCAAAGUGACAGCAGUCUGGGCCUCCAACAGCGAUUUCAGCAUUCUUCUGCGAGGCGUCUCCACUGAGUAUGCAGGCACUUACUACUGCGUAAAGUUUCAGAGAAAACUCAACAGGCAAUACCUGUCCAUACAGGGCACCAGGCUGAGAGUGAAAGCAAAGCCCACUUCUCCCCAAGAGAGAGAGUUCAUCAAUGAACGUGCAGCCAGGAUAUUUCCAUCAGGCCUCCUGUCUAUGCUCAAACUUGUGGUCCUGGGGCUGAAGGCAGUGACCUUGGCUGCACUCCUGCUGGCCCUGGCUGUCCGCUGGAGGAGCUCUCAGCAAGAAGACUUCAAGACCCCAGGCCCAGCAGAGCUGUGCUCAUCUUAGCACGGGGCAUGGGGCAUGGGUAAGGGGCCAGCCCCAGAGUGGGUCCUCUGAGUUGGAGAGGGGCCAGGGCUCCCCAGCCAUUUCUCUGCCUCCAAUCCCAGCCUCCAGAUACCCCCAGGCCUCACGACGACCUCCAGGAUCCCUGCGCCUGUGUUCAGUUUGCCUAGUGAAGUUCCCCACUUGGCACCAUGCUCCCCUCUGGUGUGUCUUCUUCUCUUUGUCCUUCAAGGCCUUGCCCGGUCUCUCCUCAAGGCCUUUGCCCCUGCUGCAGCCCCUUCUGGCAUGCCUGCCCCCUUUCUCCGCAUCUCCACAUUUUCUUAUCCUUCAAGAUCCAAUUCAGAGUCCUUCCCAGAAGGUUUCCCUGAGCAUCUCUAAGCUCACCCAGCCAGACACCCUGUGUCCCUCCAUUUACAUCCUUCUCUCCCCCUUUCCUGCCUUCUCUCCUUCCCCACGGUGGCUGGCUCAGGUGUCUGUAGCAGUUAGAAUGCAGGUUUGGCCACUUCAACAAAACUCUUAAAUAACAGUGGCUUAACCCACAAGAAAAUUGAUUUCUCUAGUAAUAUCCAAGCGUAAGCAGACCAGGCAACAUGGGGACUCCCUGGUAUUGAGUCCCAGGAUUCCCAGAUCUUGUUGCUACCAGGUCCACAUCCCAGGCAGCAAGACCAAGAAAGAAGGCAGUGAAGGGCAGCGUGACCCUCGCCUUCAAGGGCACAGCUAGGAAUUUGCCCACAUCACCUCUAAUUGGCUGAAUGUGGUCACGUUGUCACACCUAGCUGCAAAGAAGGCUGGGAAAUGUAGUCUUUAGUCUGGCAACAAUGUGCCCAGCUGAAGUUUGUCACUAGAGAACCAGAUGGUAGAUAUCAGUAGAUAACCAGUGAUCUCCACUGCAGUGGCAUAGAGGCAGCCUCUUACCUGCUCUGUGCGAC